GGUUAGAAAAAAUGGCAUUAACGCUUUAUUUAAUUACAAGUCUAGUUUAUGAAUCGUACAUCGCAGAGAAAUGACCCAGAAUAAAGCCGCAGACACAGGUGCAGAGUGUGGCCUCCCGCUCCUUCCUCUCUCUGUGCUCGCUGCUUAGGAAACGUGGCCUUACUGAGGCUCCGGCGACGCCGCAGUACAUGAAAGACGACGAGCAUCUUCAUCCUCUGCCGCGUCUCUCUCCGCCACAAACCAGAUCUGAAUCCCGUCUCUGAGGAAACAUGUCUGAGGCAGAACAAGCCCCGGCCUCGGUCCCGGAGGUGCUGGACGCACUGAAUGCCACGGACUCGAAUGGGACGGAGGUGCUCAACGCUACGGCUAAAUUCGUGGCCACCCCGGAGGGCACUGCGCUGGCCUACGGCAGCCUGGUGUUCAUGGCCCUCGUGCCCAUCUUCUUCGGAGCUCUCCGCUCCGUCACCUGCUCCAAAUCUAAGGAGCUUGGAGAAAAUGAUUACGAUUCUGGGUUCAGAAAUGCAGCAGACAUGCCAGAGACCAUCACCAGUCGGGAUGCAGCGAGGUUCCCCAUCAUCGCCAGCUGUACACUGUUCGGACUCUACCUCUUCUUCAAGGUAUUUUCUCAAGAGUACAUCAACCUGCUGUUGUCUGUCUACUUCUUUGUGCUGGGUGUCCUGGCACUGUCUCACACAAUGAGCCCUCUGAUGUCCAGAGUCUUUCCAGCUUCUUUCCCAAACAAACAAUACCAGCUGCUGUUCACUCAGGGCACUGGAGAGUCCAAAGAAGAAAUAGUCAACUAUGAGUUUGACACCAAGAACCUGGUGUGUCUGCUCAUCAGCAGCGUUGUGGGCGUCUGGUAUCUGCUCAAAAAGCACUGGAUCGCCAAUAAUCUGUUCGGCCUGGCGUUUGCCCUGAACGGCGUAGAGCUGCUCCACCUGAACAACGUCAGCACCGGCUGCAUCCUACUGGGGGGGCUCUUUGUCUAUGACGUCUUCUGGGUGUUCGGGACCAACGUCAUGGUAACCGUUGCCAAGUCCUUUGAAGCACCCAUCAAGUUGGUUUUCCCUCAGGACCUGUUGGAGAAAGGUCUGGAAGCCAGUAACUUUGCCAUGUUGGGUCUGGGAGACAUCGUCAUCCCUGGAAUCUUCAUUGCCCUCCUGCUGCGCUUCGAUGUCAGCCUGAAGAAGAACAGCAGGACGUAUUUCUACUCCAGUUUCCUGGCCUACAUCUUUGGAUUAGGCCUUACCAUUUUUGUGAUGCACACCUUUAAACACGCUCAGCCUGCUCUGCUUUACCUGGUCCCAGCCUGCGUCGGCUUCCCCGUCAUCGUAGCACUGUUCAAAGGAGAGCUCACGGAGAUGUUCAGCUAUGAGUCUUCAGAGGAAGUUCUCCCUGGCUCUCCCAGACUCACUUCCUUCCCAACCGUCAGCGGCUCUCCCGCCAGCCUGGCUAGCUCGAUGGAUGCCGUUUCUAUGGCGACUGGCUGCUCCUCCCCCCGCCGCCGACGGUUACAGCCUACCUCCAUGUAGACGCCCCGCCCCUCUUUUUACUCUUACUCCCUGUGUCACCUGGGCAGGUAUGAGGAGACUUCACCUGAGGAGGCGGAGACUAAAGAGGACUCAUCAGAGAAGAAGGACCAGUAGUCUUCAUCGCUGCCCCUGCAUUGCACCUCCCACACACUUGUCAUUCGUCCUGCUGCCACCGCAUCCUCCUGCCUGCAGCCUCUCCAACUUCCUGUUUGUUGCAGGGCUGGGGGGGCUCAACGUGUUUGUCUUUAAAACCCAUGGGAUUGGCUGCUUUUCUCCAUGGUAACGGUUGAGGUAGUGCUGGUGGUAUUUUAAUGUUUGUUUGGUUGUAACAGCUGAGAAUCGGUGCUUACCAUGACUCUGCUGUACUCACACAGACACACAAGCUCUGCAUCACCACCUUAGAGGAUUUCACCCCAUAACGCAGAUUCACAGCCGCAGCAUCACCACGUGAUCCUCAUGUGUUUGCAGAUUGUCGACCCUGAUAGACAGGGAAAACAUUAGGUCUGAGUGCUUGUUUUUUUCCAUGUUUAAAACGGGUGCUCCAAUCAUUUUCUUGUAUUUUAAAACCUGGAGAUGGAGUCUGAGUCUGAUUCCCACGGUUAACUGCUUAUGGAUCCUUCAGCUUUGGUUCUAUGUCUCCUGGUGUAUUUGUAGCUGCUCAUUCUGCCUUUUGCUUUUCCAACUGAGCUUUUCUCCAUUAUGUUCUUCUUCAGUUUCUUUUAUGUUGUGUCUUUUAUGUUUAAAAGGAUGGGAAUCCAGUUUGUCAUUGUAUACAGGUACUUCAUGAUUCUUUGUUUAACCUGUGCAUUGUUCACACCUGCUUGUCUAAACUGUGUGAAUCCGUUUGAAGCUGCGUACCAGGAAAUAAAUCUCAUUUACAGGCCUGUAAA